AGGGGGUGAGAGGAGCACAGAGGGAAGGGAGGUCAGAAGAGAAGGGGAAGGGAGGGGAGGAGCAGAGAGAGAGAGAGAGAGAGAGAAACAGCAGGUUGUGAGAUUAACAUGGCCAGUGACUCGCCGGCUCGGAGUCUGGACGAGAUAGAUCUCUCUGCUUUGCGGGAUCCAGCAGGGAUUUUUGAACUGGUGGAACUAGUUGGCAAUGGCACGUAUGGACAGGUGUACAAGGGCCGCCAUGUCAAGACGGGACAGCUGGCUGCGAUCAAGGUCAUGGACGUCACGGGGGAUGAGGAGGAGGAGAUCAAGCAGGAAAUCAACAUGCUGAAGAAGUACUCGCACCACCGCAACAUCGCCACCUACUAUGGCGCCUUCAUCAAGAAGAACGCACCAGGGGUGGACGACCAGCUCUGGCUGGUGAUGGAGUUCUGUGGCGCUGGCUCAGUCACCGACCUGAUCAAGAACACCAAAGGCAACACGCUGAAGGAGGAGUGGAUCGCCUACAUCUGCCGCGAGAUUCUACGGGGCUUGACUCAUCUUCACCAGCACAAGGUGAUUCACCGUGAUAUCAAGGGUCAGAAUGUCUUGCUGUCGGAGAACGCUGAGGUCAAGUUGGUUGACUUUGGAGUGAGCGCACAGCUGGAUCGAACGGUGGGGAGGAGGAACACCUUCAUCGGCACACCCUACUGGAUGGCACCCGAGGUGAUCGCCUGCGACGAGAAUCCUGACGCUACUUACGACUUCAAGAGUGACUUGUGGUCGCUUGGAAUCACAGCCAUGGAGAUGGCAGAAGGAGCUCCACCUCUGUGUGACAUGCAUCCAAUGAGGGCACUCUUCCUCAUCCCGAGGAACCCACCGCCUCGGUUGAAGUCCAAGAAGUGGUCGAAGAAGUUUGUGUCGUUCAUCGAGGGGUGUCUGGUGAAGAACCACGGGCAGCGUCCUGCCACCGACCAGUUGCUGAAGCACCCCUUCAUCAGAGACCAGCCCAACGAGAGGCAGGUCCGGAUACAGCUCAAAGACCACAUCGACAGGACCAAGAAACGGCGGGGGGAGAAAGAUGAGACGGAGUACGAAUACAGUGGGAGCGAGGAAGAGGAAGAUGAAGGAGAUGUUGGAGAACCCAGCUCGAUCGUCAACCUGCCGGGCGAGUCGACCCUGCGCCGGGACUUUCUGCGGCUGCAACUGGCCAACAAGGAGCGGUCGGAGGCCCUGCGGCGGCAGCAGCAACAGGAGCAGCACCGCGAGAAUGAGGAGCACAAACGGCAGCUGCUGGCAGAGCGGCAGAAACGCAUCGAGGAGCAGCGAGAGCAACGACGCAGGCUGGAGGAGCAACAAAGGAGGGAGCGGGAGUUUCGGAAGCAGCAGGAGCGCGAGCAGAAGAGGAGGUUCGAGGAGAUGGAGAAGUUGCAGCGGGAGGAGGAGAGGCGUAAGGCGGAGAGGGAGCAGGAGUACAUCAGGCGACAGUUAGAGGAGGAACAGCGGCAGCUGGAGAUCCUGCAGCACCAGCUCCUGCAGGAGCAAGCUCUGCUACUGGAGUACAAGCGGAAGCAGCUGGAGGAGCAGCGGCAGGCCGAGCGGUUACAGAGACAGCUGCAACAGGAGCGGGCCUACCUGGUGUCACUGCAGCAGCAGCAGCUCGACAACAGGAGCGGCGACAAGAAGCCCCCCUACCACUUCAAGGAGAGCCUCAACGUCAGCGAUAAACCCGCCUGGGCCAAGGAGGUUCAGCGGCGGUCACACAGUAACUCCCCGCAGCGCAUGGCCAAACAGGACCAGUUGUGUACGAGGUCCAACUCGUUCAAUGACAUCUCGGGGGACCCGACCGACUCUGGCCGGUUGCCGCCGGGUCCCCACGUGCGUCCGACAAGUCUGUCCGCCGCCCCCCAGUACCCCUGGCAAGGCGAGAGGGCGAGGUCCAACCUUGGCGAGAACCCGAGGCAAGGCGCUCCCAAGUCGCAGCCUGACCCCACGGCACCGGAGGGCAAGUUGCCGAAGCAGUCGAAGAGGACGCCGGGCAAGCCGAGAGCGUCGCUGGGAUACGUGUUCGACUUUGGACCGGACGGUGUGGUGAAAAAGAAAGUGGAGGAGCGUUCCAAGUUGAACCGGCAGAGCUCGCCGGCCAUGCCGCACAAGAUGGGCAACAGGAUGUCCGACCCCAGCAUGCCCCCUCGCUCCGAGUCCUUCAGCAGUGGCGGAGUGGCCGCCCCGCGGAAUCCUCCUGUGCAUGAGGCCACCGAGUCUCAGGUGCCGGUGGCCCACCCGAUCGGUGGGAAGACCCCCGGCUCCUCCAUGACGGGCUCCCAGUCGCUGCACGAGCCGACAAAGGGGCUGUCGGGCACCUUCCUCUCGCAAGAUGGGGUCCCGCCGCACCGGGCGGACAUGCCGCGCCAGAACUCGGACCCCACCUCCGAGACGCCUCCCCUCCCGCCCCGCAUCACCACAAGCGACGACAAGUACGGGGGUGGAGGCUGGCUCAAGCAAGAGGACGAUACCCCGCCCAAGGUCCCUCGAAGGACUACGUCCAUCUCCCCUGCGCCUGGCCGCAAGAAUUCCCCAGGGAACGGCGACGGACUGGCCAGUCGGCCUGGGGCGCAGCCAUUAAGAGCAAGUAACCCGGACCUGCGGAAGGUGGAGCCCCCCCAGGAGCCCGCCCUCCACGUGAGCAGCAGUGGCAGCUCGACCAGCUCCAGCACCCCUAGCUCCCAGCCCAGCUCCCAGCCCAGCUCACAGCCCAGCUCCCAGCCCAGCUCCCAGGCUGGGUCCCAGGCCGGCUCCAGUGAACGCAACCAGCUGAAAGGGACAGGCAAAGCCGAGGGAUCACCCGUCCUGCCGCACGACGCCGCCCGGAGACCCGAGGAGGGUCGUGAGCUGUCGCGGCCGGGGAGGCCGGCGGACCUGACGGCACUGGCUAAAGAGUUACGGGAGCUUCGAGCUGACGAGACCAGCCGGCCUCCCAUUAAAGUCACUGACUACUCCUCGUCCAGCGAGGAAUCGGAGAGCAGCGAUGAGGAGGAGGAGGAGGAGGAGGAAGAUGGGGACAAUGAAGCUCAGGACGGAACGGUGCCGGUCAGCGGCAUUCCCAGGAUCAUGCCCAGCUCUGCCCCGGAUGCCGGUGAGCUUUACAGUAAGGAGUACGGGGUGGGGCAGGGGGAGGGACCCCUCUCAUCCGAUCUCUACAGAAACCCGUCCACAGAUGGAACCCUGAUUAUCCGAGAGACUUGUGGCGACAGAUCGCGGAGUGGCCAUGCUGACAGUAAUGGCUUUGCCAGCCAAACCAAUCUGCCUGAUUUGGUUCAGCAGAGCCAGUCUCCUGCCACCACGCCAACUGAAGCCAUGGGGCGGAUAUCAUCUCAGCUCGCUCAGGAAAAGGACUCAGCCGCUGGGUUCGGCCGGGGAUCUGGCACAAAGUCCUCCUUCGCCCCCUUUGUGGACCCCAGGGUGUUCCAGACGUCGCCCAGUGGCAGUGAGGAAGAGUCUUCAGCAGCAGUGAUCUUCACCUCGGAGAUGCUGAGGCAGGAAGAGGCCAAGCUGAACGAAGUCCGGAAGAUCUCGGUGGUCAACGUCAAUCCCACCAACAUUCGGCCCCACAGUGACACCCCCGAGAUCCGCAAAUACAAGAAGAGGUUCAACUCCGAAAUACUGUGCGCCGCACUGUGGGGAGUGAACCUUCUGGUGGGCACUGAGAACGGUUUAAUGCUGCUGGAUCGGAGCGGGCAGGGGAAGGUCUACAACCUGAUCAGCAGAAGGCGUUUCCAUCAAAUGGACGUCUUGGAAGGUCUCAACAUCCUGGUGACUAUAUCCGGGAAGAAGAACAAGCUGAGGGUGUACUACCUGUCCUGGCUGAAGAACAGGUUUCUGCACAACGACCCAGAGGGGGAAAAGAAGCAAGGUUGGACGACUGUCGGGGAUCUGGAGGGAUGUGUACACUACAAAGUCGUGAAGUACGAGAGGAUUAAGUUUCUGGUGAUCGCUCUGAAGAAUGCGGUGGAGAUUUAUGCCUGGGCCCCCAAACCUUACCACAAGUUCAUGGCCUUCAAGUUUUUUACAGAUCUCCAGCACAGGCCAUUACUGGUCGACUUGACGGUGGAAGAGGGGCAAAGGUUAAAGGUUAUCUAUGGGUCUAACACUGGCUUCCACGUGAUCGAUGUGGAUUCAGGGACCGUUCAUGACAUAUAUGUACCCUCACAUAUUCAGGGCAACGUUACACCUCAUGCGCUCAUCAUCCUGCCGAAGACGGAGGGGAUGGAGAUGCUGGUGUGCUAUGAAGACGAGGGGGUGUACGUCAACACUUACGGACGCAUCACCAAGGAUAUCGUGCUGCAGUGGGGGGAGAUGCCUACCUCCGUCGCGUACAUCCACUCGAGCCAGAUCAUGGGCUGGGGAGAGAAGGCGAUUGAGAUCCGCUCGGUGGAGACGGGUCAUCUGGACGGGGUCUUCAUGCACAAGAGAGCUCAACGCUUGAAGUUUCUGUGCGAACGGAACGACAAGGUCUUCUUUGCCUCGGUUCGUUCGGGCGGCAGUAGCCAAGUCUUCUUCAUGACACUGAACAGGAACUCGAUGAUGAACUGGUAGCAGGGUUCGGGUGUGCGCUGAUCUUCGAAACUGCACCGAGACCAUGUCCGUCGAGAACCUGGGGAGCAAUCUAUCCGUUAAAGGCACACCGGCUCUUGACAUCAAGGCUGCAAUGGGACUACUGCAACAUUACCAAGCCUGUAUCGUGUGUCUGGAAGCCCCAACGGCAAUUUCCUAAUUUUUUAAAGUCCCGAUUAACUUUCUGUGCGUGGUGAAAGUCUUCGGUCGGAGCCACUGGUACACAGUGUGCUCCGGGGUAGGUGGAGAUUUGGUUGCUUCCGUUAUCCCUGAAGACAGAGCGAUGGAGAUUCCAACUGGGGCAGGUUGGUGGGGUGGGAGAGGGAGGGAUGUCGACACAUAUAGAUCCUUGCAAAUUACUCUUUUUAAUUUUGGCUUCCUGUAAGUACAGUAUUAGAAACAGAGUCCUGGUGGUGUGGUGGAUGGGUCUGUCUAUAUAAGUAACUCUCUGAGUUAGCUGGAGGCUUAGCCAUGUUGGAGCUGCAGUUUCCCAAGAGGGUGGUGAAUGACUACUGAUUAUAAAGUCCCGUGUUCCCUUGUUCGUAUGGGGUCGGGGGUUCCGUUUACACUGGGUGGAGUGAAUUUACCAGAGAUGGGACACACACGCUACUAUAGCUAGGGUUAAGGAAUGAGGAAUUAGAGCUGGGAAUUAUAUCCCAUAUGACAGGGAAUACCAUGGAUUUCUCCCUGAGUUCUGCCUUCCCAGAGUGUGGAAGUGUGGGCGGAUUGGGCAUUAGAUGUGUGUGUGUGUGUGUGUGUGUUUCUAUAAGGGUGGGGGGUGGGGUGGGGGGGUCAGUGCUGGCAUUAAUCCUACCAGGGGUGAUUGGGGGGGUGUCUCCACCCCAACCUCUGAACACGGCCCCUCACGGGAUACUCCGUGGGUGCGUGCCCGCCCAAGUGUGUUCUUGAUUAGCUGUUUGGUACAUUGGUGAGCGGGCAAGAGUUGACAUUAUAGUAGAGAGUAAGGGUGGACCUCUGGCCAGCUUUGAGGCUACUCUUAUUUUUGAAACCGUGUAUAAAUGCCAAAAAUAAACAAUUAAAUUUCUGUGCCCAGGGGGAGGGUAUGAUAGUGGUCGGAGGGAGGGAGUUUGUGUCCAUGUGUUACUUGGGAGCCCAACCUCGUACUCUUGUAUGGAGACACCACAUGUAUCUGUCUAAGUGGUUUGGAGACUGAUGUGAAGAAUAUUCUUUCUUUAACUAGCUGCACGGCAUGGCUAAUCAUGGAUUAGGGUGUUGUCGUGGAUCAGUCUGUGUUACAGGUCCUAUCCUUAACCUACCUCCUUAUCAUUCUGUGUGUAGCUGUUUGAGCAGCAGAUAUUAAGGUUGAAGCUUUUUUCUAUGUAUAUAAAAAAAAUUAAUUGAAUGUGUCAUUUCUUACUAAUUUUUUUCCCCCCCCGUUUCAAAAAUGUUAUCCUUCUUAUCCCGAGGGCAUUCCAUCUCCCAGCCACCACCCAGUCUCAGAGGUCCCUUUGGUUCAGGUUUCUUAUUGACACGUGUACUGAGGUACAGUGAAAAGCUUUGUUUUGCAUGCUCUCCAAACAGAACAGACAAUACCAUGCAAAAAUACAAUCAGGUCAAACUUAAGUAGAGCAC